AUGAUUAGUGAUGUGUCGGAUAUAAAAGAAGAGGAAUCAUAUUCUUCGAAAAACGAUGAAUAUAUUUCAGAAGAAAAAAAAGAAUCCUUAGCAGCUAGCCAUAAAAAUGACGAAAGGGAAGAAAAUGUAGAGGAAAAAGAAGUAAAAGAUGUCGACAAAAAACACUUGGAACUUAAAGAGAAAUUAAAAAUGUGGAAAAGUAGUGUUUCUAAACAAAAUGACAGUAUGAAUAAAAAUGAAAUUGUCCAACUAGCUAAAAUGAGUGAUAGAGAAAAAACUAGAGAAGAAAUUAAAAAAAGAUUAGAAAAAUAUAAAAGAGAACAUAAAAUUUAUGAUGGCGAUGAGUCGGAAGAUGAUGAAGGACAUGAUAAUAAAUAUUUCAAAAAUAAAAAUAAUUUGAUAUGUGAAUCGAAAAAUGAUGAAGGACAUGAUAAUAAAUAUUUCAAAAAAAAAAAAAAUAAGAAUAAUAAAAAAAGUACAAGUAAUAGCUAUUCAAAAAAUAAUAGUAUAAAAUAUAAUGAUAAAAAAUAUUAUCCAAGUAAAAGUAUGGAUAGUGACAAUAAUAGUCUUAAUAAUAAAAGAGGAUAUAGUCAUUACAAAAGAAAAGGAAAACAUUCAUCGAGUAAUAAUAGUUAUAUGGAUUACCAUAAGGAUAAAAGGAGAAAUAAUAUUAAUAGAAAAAGAAGAUCGUAUAGCUAUUCAUCGAGUUCUAGUUUGAAUGAAGAGAAGAAAAAAAAAAAAAAAAAGAGAAGUAAUAUUAUAAUUAAAGGUGAUAGUAAUAGUAUUCGUAAAAGUAAUAGUAAUAGUACUCGUAAAAGUAAUAGUAAUAGUACUCGUAAUAGUAUUCGUAAAAGUUAUAAUAGUAAUAAUAAGAAUCAUAGGAAGAGUCGCUCGUAUGAUUCGUAUAAUGAUAAUUCAUCUUAUAAAAGAAGUAAAUUAAAAAAAUCAUAUAAAUAUGAUAAGCAUACACAAUCUAAAUAUAAUAAUAAUAAUAAUAAUAAUAAUAAUGAUCGUCGUAAAUUUAAAUAUUAUCAUGAUGACGAUUUAAAUAAUAAACAGAUGAAAAAGCACAGUGAUCAUAUACAUCAUUAUAAUCAAAUAGAUAUAGAUAAAUAUUCAAAAUAUUUAUAUAACAAUAUAACAAAAGAAAGAAUCGAUAAAAAAUAUCAUAGAGUACCUUUAGGAUAUCAUACUACAAAAGAAUCAUGGAAUAAUUACACAAAUUGGUUACAAAAAAAAAAUGAUUAUAGAUUUAGUUUACCUUUUGAUGAAAAUAAAAUAUUUAGAAAGUCUAGUUCUCUAUCUCCAACAACGUGGGAAAAUUUUGUUAGUCUCUCCGAAGAGGAUGAAAAAGAGGUAAAAUCAGAAAAUGAAUCAAAACAUAGGGACAAAAAAGAAAAAAAGGAAAAACGAAAAAAUCAUCGCUCAUCAUCAGAUGAUUCUGAAUCCAUUUCCCUGUCGUGCACAUCUGAUGAAAAAAGUUCUAAUAAAAGUUCAAGUCGCAGUGUUGAAAAAGUCAAAAAAGAUAUAGAUAAAAAAAAAAAGCGUGAAGAAGAAAAAAAACAUAAACACAAACACAAACACAAACAUAAUGAAAAACGUAAAUCCAAAGACAAAGACAAAUACAAAGACAAAUACAAAGACAAAUACAAAGACAAAUACAAAGACAAAUCCAAAGAUAAAUCCAAAGACAAAUACAAAGACAAAUACAAAGAUAAAUCCAAAGACAAAUACAAAGACAAAUACAAAGAAAAAUCCAAAAACAAAUCCAAAGAUGAAUCCAAAGAUGAAUCCAAAGAUGAAUCCCAUAGAAAGAAGAAAAAAGAACAUAAAUCAAAAGAUAGAAGAAAGCAUAAAAAAAAAGAAAAGAAAAAGAAAGAAAAAGACAAAAAAAAUAAACAUCAUUCGGAAGAAUCGUCUUCAGAUACUUACAAUAGAAAUAAAACAAAAAACGAAUCUGAUGAAUCCUCAAAUGAAGAAGGAUCCUCUACUUCAGCAACAUCCUUAUCCUUUCUAUGCGAAGGAUAUGACUCAUUAGAUAAUAAUAAAUAUUUGAUAAAUAAUCAUAAAUUAAAAGAAGACGAAGAAGAAGAAAAAGAGGUUAAUAAUAAUAAAAAGUUAAUAAAGAAAAAUAAUAACCAUUUAAGUGACAUCAGUCAAAAUAGUAAAGAAGAUUCAAAUAAAUAUAAAGAGAAGAAGAAAAUAAAGGAAAAGGAAAAAAUUAAAAGAAAAGAAAAAAUAGAUGAUGAAGAAUAUACAGAAAAUAAUAUUGAUGAUAAAAAUUAUACAUAUAAUAGGGAUGACGAAAUAAAUGAUAUCGAAUCAGAUAAUUCAUCAGACAAUGAAAGUAUAGGUCCUAAACCAUUAGAUGUAAAUGUAAAGCUAGCUACAAAACAAAUAGAUUAUGGUGUUGCCAUGAUGCCUGGAGAAGGACAAGCAAUAGCUCAGUUUGUUCAAAAAGGUAAGAGAAUACCAAGAAGAGGAGAAGUUGGUUUAUCUGCUGAAGCUAUCGAAAAUUUUGAAAGCCUUGGUUACGUUAUGAGUGGUUCAAGGCAUAAAAGAAUGAACGCUAUUCGUAUGAGAAAAGAAAACCAAGUAUAUAGUGCAGAAGAACAAAGAGCAUUGGCUAUGUAUAAUUAUGAAGAGAGAGCCAAUAGAGAAAAUGCCUUGAUUAAUGAUUUAAAAGAAAUAUUAAGGAAACAAAAUGAAAGUAUAUUAUCAAAUGAGAAAAAUGAAUAA